UUUUCUUUUGCAAGGGGCUUUGAUUUGAUUAUUUGGUGGGUUUGGUUUGUUGAAGUGCUUUGAUCAGCCAUGGCCGCUUUGCAGUACUUGGAGUCUCUUAGCAGUGCUCAUCCGGAGCUUGCAGAUUGGUACAGUGCGCUCGCAGAUCUUUAUCAGAAGAAGCUAUGGCACCAGCUCACUCAAAAGCUCGAGCAAUUCGUCGCUCUUACCGUCUUUCAGGCGGGAGAUGCACUUAUUCAGUUCUACCAUAAUUUCAUCACCGACUUUGAAACAAAGAUCAAUCUUCUCAAGCUUGCUCAUUUUGCAACCGUAGUCUCCCAGCAGUAUUCAGAGAAGGCAGCUGCCAUUAGUUAUCUGGAAGGGGUAAUUGAAAAGCUUCGUGCUACCAGGGAGAUGCGAAUUGAGGAGCCCAUCGUAUACAUUAUGAUGCAAAUAGCGCUCUUCAAGCUUGAACAGUGUGACCAAAAAGAAAGCAAGAAAAUACUAGAUGAUGGGAAAAGUACACUUGACAGUUUGACUGACAUUGAUCCAUCUGUUCAUGCUAGCUAUUAUUGGGCCUCAUCGCAAUACUAUAAAUCAUGCCAAGAAUUUGCUGAAUUCUACAAAAGUGCUUUACUCUAUUUGGCAUACAUAUCUGUGGAGUCAUUGUCCACGUCAUUCAAGCUGGAUUUGGCAUUUGAUUUAUCCCUUGCGGCCUUGCUCGGAGAUAACAUCUACAAUUUUGGUGAACUCCUUGCACAUCCGAUAAUGACGUCUCUCAUUGGAACAAAGGUUGAAUGGCUAUACCAUAUUCUUGAUGCAUUCAACUCCGGAAAUUUAGCAUAUUAUCAAGAACUGUGUAGUUUGCACACAGCUGAACUUAGUGCCCAACCUGCACUUGUGAAGAAUGAAAAGAAUCUGCUUGAGAAGAUAAACAUCCUUUGCCUUAUGGAAAUUAUUUUUAGCCGACCAGCUGAAGACAGAACCAUUCCUCUGAGCGUCAUAGCCGAGCAUACCAAACUUAAUGUUGAGGAUGUGGAGCACCUUCUGAUGAAAAGCCUAUCAGUUCAUCUGAUAGAGGGGAUUGUUGAUCAGGUUGAGGGAGUUGUCCAUGUUUCCUGGGUGCAACCGAGAGUUCUGGGAGUCCCACAAAUCAAGUCUCUUCGUGAUCGCCUUGACAACUGGAUAACUAAAGUACACUCCACUCUGUUGUCCGUUGAGGCAGAAACUCCAGACUUGGUGGCAGCAUGAUCAUAUUUUCCUCGCAUGGUUUCCUUUCGCUAUUCCUUGCUCCAUUCUUUUGAGGGGAUUGAUUGAUUGGCUGCUGCUGCUUAUUUGUAAAGAGGAAGAAGAGGGUGGGUGCAAGGACUGAUUCCAUUCCAUGGCUGGCUAAACUAAAACUUGUGUUUUUUUCUUUAAAAUUAUAUGUUUUACAAAUACUUAAUAACCCGACAUUUCUCGUUUUAUAUUUUGUUUUUUCGAACUUUACUUGUUUUUUUAUAUAUGCUCAGAUUCUGAA